AUGACCGACCCAAUUACUCCCAAAAUCCUCCAGGAGAUUCGAGCAGCAGUCAAGGACUGCUCCGACCGUGGUCUAUUCGUAGCAGCGAAAUGGGCAACAGAUAUACUACUGGGUAUCCCAGCAGAGAAGAAGCAACCCCUUCACGGACCGGUGGAUCCUGCCCCGGGGGGUUCUGCCAAUCCCUUUGAAACCUCAACACCCGCCAGGCCAGCCGCUCCUUCAACGUUUACAUCCGUUACACCGGAACCUGCUCAGCCCCUGGCUCCAAGCCUGGUCCCUGUUUACAAUCAACAUCCUCAAGCGCCGAAACCGAUAGUGUUGUCCCCAGAGCAGCAACAACUCGAGUAUCGGGCUCUGGAGAAUGAACAAGACCUGUUGGUCGGUGCCAAAUCCUACUUCGAUGCUCGAGAAUUUAGGAGGGUGGCGUUCAUGCUGCAGGGAUGCAGUAGCUCCAAAGCUCUCUUCCUCAGCACGUAUAGUUUCUUCCUGGCAACUGAAAGACAGGCCUUGAUCGACUGGCACAAGCUCGAUAGUAAUCGACAUCAGCCUCCACUCCCGGUGAACGACUCCAUCAAUGCAAUGUUAGAGCGCGUGAAGGAUUCCCAAGAUCCCUGGUGUCAGUUCUUGAAGGCGCUCUUUUUGUCGAGAUUAUCACGACGCGACGAAGCCAUCGCCACAGCUCUGCAGUCGAUCGCAACUUAUCCGUGGAACUGGUCGGCGUGGUCCCUCCUCGGCAGCUGCAUCAACGACGUAGAAGAGCUGAACUCGCUACUUGCUCUUGUCCCUUUGCCGGCAACCCAUCCGCUAGUCCAGUUCUUCAUCAUAAAGACUUCUGUUGAGCUGCAGAAUCCAUCAGAAACUGAACUCGCAAUGUGCGAUCGCUUGCUGUCUGAAAACUACUUUUCGCAUAGCAUGUGGUUGAUGAGCUUGCGCGCUGCUAUCCUUUAUCAUCUUCACGAUUACGAACAGGCAGAGCAACAAUUUGACCGGAUAUUAGGCAUUGACCCGUACCGAGUCGACGACAUAGACAUCUUCUCCAACAUCCUCUACGUUCAGGACAACAAGUUGAAGUUGUCGCGGUUAGCGCAAGAUUUCCUUGCCAUCGACAAGGACCGUCCAGAGAUAUGUUGUCUAGUCGGAAAUCAUUAUUCCCUUCGUCAGGAGCACGAAAAGGCGGUCAAGUACUUCCGCCGGGCUACGCAGCUGGAUCGGACAUAUCUGACCGCUUGGACGUUGAUGGGUCACGAAUACGUGGAGAUGAAGAACUCACACGCCGCUAUUGAAGCCUACCGUCGCGCUGUUGACAUCAACCGGAAAGACUAUCGAGCGUGGUAUGGUCUGGGUCAGGCUUACGAGCUACUGAGCAUGCACCACUAUGCCCUCUACUACUAUCAACAUGCAACGGCCCUAAGGCCAUAUGAUGUGCGACUAUGGCAAGCUCAAGGCUCAUGCUAUGAAGAGAUUGGAAGGCCUAGGGAAGCGAUCGACUGUUACAAGCGAGCUCUGAUUUCUUCCGAGGCGCAUGAAAGCACAUUGUGUCUCAAAUUGGCAAGGCUUCACCGUCUGCUUGAAGAACAUGCUGAGGCUGUGGGGUACCAUCGGAGGGUGGUGGAAUUAUGCCAAUCCAACAACCGACCCAUCACAGAAUACGCAAAAUCCAGCAUAGAAGUCGCUGAAUACCAGAUGACGAUACCUAACGGGAAUCUUAACUUGGCGAAAGAGUAUCUGGAGGCAAUUGCCGCUAGCAAUGCAGAGGAUGUGGGUCGGGCGACUGAGAUGUUAAAGGUUGUGAAAGGUCGACUGGCCCAGGCAAGUUAA